UCCUAGAACCAACAACAAUAACUUUGUUCAAUUCGUCAACCAUGAGUCUACGAUCGACGACGUUGAUCCUGGCAGCAAGUCUUGUUCUCGUGACGGCUGUUCCGUUCGAGCGGGUCCACAAGUUUGAAGGUCAAGAUUGUCCAUUAAAAGCUGGCGGCACUGGUGUCUGUCGCAAAACCAUCGAAUGCGUCAACGGACACACCAUUCUGAAACAGGAACGACACUGUGAAUUUGAGGGGAAAACUCCUGUCGUUUGCUGUCCCAAAGCAGAGUAUACCGUUCAAGCUAGUAGAGUAGCGGCGGACAAAUGCGGCAAGGUGCCCCCGCAUAAUGGCCCAAAGCUAACCGACCACGUAGUCGGCAAGACAUUCAAGGCCGGCGUAGGAGAUUUUCCGUUCAUUGGAAUACUCGUGUACGACGAGGAGAAUUUGCGCUGUGCUGGAUCGCUUAUCUCGAGCAAAUUUCUGCUCACGGCAGCGCAUUGUUUCAAAUCGAAACCGACCGCAGUUCGGAUGGGUACCAUUUCCGCGACGGAUGCCUUGGCAGAUUCGUACCCGGUGGCGAACACUUUUCGCCAUCCAGAUCACAACAGGAAGACGAAGCAAAACGACAUCGGGCUGGUUGAGCUUCGCACUGAAGUUCAGAUGAGCGCGAAUGUGGAACCAAUUUGUUUGCACGCGGAACUGGCGGAUUUACCUGCAUCCGCAAACCUCACCAUCCUUGGAUGGGGGAUCACCAAUCUAAACCGCCAGGAGACCUCCGACGACCUACUCACGGGGUUGGUUCACCCAGUGCCGCGAAGCUCGUGCCAAUCCAUGUACAAUGAUUGGAACCUAAAGAUUACCGAAAGGCAGCUGUGUGCCAUCGGAGAGCAGGACUCCAUGGGGGAAUAUACCGAUGCCUGCAGUGGAGAUUCGGGAGGUCCGCUGGUGAUGCGAAAGGACAAAAAGUAUUUCCUUGUAGGGGUGGUGUCCACUGGUUCAGGUUGUGGGUCCGGUGUGCCCGGAGUGUACACCCGCGUGGCCAAUUACCUGCAGUGGACUAGCGAGAGAGUUUGGAGUGCGUAAAGAAGAUUCCGCAAAUAAAUUAUACUCACUUAUAUAAAA